UUUUAUCAUCCAAUGAGCUAUCGCGUUACAUAAAAUUUUAGUGACCUAUUUUUACUGCUGCGUAAACAACGUGGCAGUUACUGCAAAUGAUAUGGUCUGUAUUAAACUGACGUUUCUAAUUCAAAACAACCACUGACGUUUUGGCGCCCAAGCUUUAGAGAAAAGGCAGAACCCAAAACAUCUUUGUAAAGAUGUCUACCAUUAUUCAGACCAUACAACAGUGUGUAUAUAAGAGUUCAGCAGAACCAGGUGUUAGUACAGGAGAAGAUAAUGACCCUGAGCUAGAAAAUCUGAAAGCCGAGGUCAGUGAGGAAAAUACAGCUGGUCAGUCCAAAUGUGAUAAAAAGACAGACGAAGUUACAGAUGAAGGGUCAAAGGGCAACCUCCUGUGGCGGAUGUCCUCUGGCUUGUACAGUACAGCGACUGGUGCAGUCGGGUAUGGAGUGGGGAGUGUCAAGUGGGUGGCUGGAAAAACCUAUGAUGUGGGGUCGACUGUGGUCAGUCAUGUGAAAGUGCCCUCAGUAUCAACAUUUAAACGCAAAGAUAAGAAAGAGUAAAGGAAAGGGACACAACUCGAGGAGUACUGAUAGAAGUACAUGUACAAUUGUACUUAAACUUUAUGUUAUAUACCGUAAUGUUUGUUUCUGAUUAAAUCCUAGUAUUCGUUGAAAAAUAAUGCAAUUUUUUUUUUUUUCAAGGUGCCAUCACUGUAUAAUUUAUUGUAUAGACAAGUGAUGUUACAUCUAUACAAUCCACUAUUGUUAAAAGGGCAAUUAUUAAUUUGUAAUUAUGCAGACUUUUAAAAGACUUUUUGUAUGUGCAAUUUUAGUUAAUAGGUAUAUAAGAUAGAUGAAAAAUUAUAUAUCUUUCAGUAUUUAAUUCAAGUAUUUGAGUAUUCUACAUUUGAUUGUGGAUAUUUGGGUAUUGUAAAAAGCAAUAUUCAAAUCUAUACAUUAUCCGUUUUACAAUUUCGCAUCAACAUUUUUUGCUGGGUUAAUAGCUUUUGUAUAUGUUUUUUCUCCUUAGUAUUGCAAUUGAAUAUGAAAAUUUUGGAAUUAAGGAAAUAUUGUGAAAUCAUUAAAAUUUCGUGGGCCGAGGUCAAUUUUUGUGGAUUGCUUAAAAUUUACAGGUUCAUGGGGAUGUAAUUUCGUGCAUAUUCUUAUACCUAUGAAUGGAUGUAUGACCUAAUUUACUAAUUCGUGAAGAAUGUUAAUUCGCAGAUGAGAGAUACCCACGAAUUCCACAAAAAUUGAGCCACCACAAAAUCUAAUGAUUCCACAGUAAUGCAAAAUAUGAGUAUUUAUGUUUAGGUAUUUUGAUAUGGUCUCAGUUUUUUCCAUACUUUCUUAUGUAAUCCCUGGAUUUGGUGUCACAAGCAAUUGGGAUGUUUGAAAGUUUUUUUUUUUAAGUCUCUGUUUGUAAAAUGUCAUUUUGUUUGAUUUUUUUCAUUGUUAAACUUGCUGAUACUGUAUUGUGUGUCAUUUGUUUGAUAUACUGUAGAAUUGCUCAUGUCUAGGUUGUAAUUUUGUCAUGGUGUCUGAGUAUUUUGACUUAGUAGGGACAAUCAAUCUAAUGAUGCAUAAUAUAUUUAUUUAUUCUACAAAAGAAAUACACCUACAUGAUAGAGAAAUGUAAUUAUGAAUCAUUGUUAUGUAAUGUGCCAAUUCACCCAUUGAAAAGUUGUCUUCCAUCACAGUAUUUUUCUAUAUAUAUAUAUGUUUCCAGGUUGUGGUGAAACCGGUCAGAAUUGAAAUAUAUUGAGUACAUGUAAAACAUAUUCUUUAAGCCAUAUGUACUCACAAUGUUGAUAUAUUUGCUAUAAAAACACAAUUAUUGUUGCAAGCAUUAUUACUUUGAUCUGAUUCUAGUGUUAAGUAGUCAGUGUCAGUAAGGAAAGAGUCCUCAUUUACAGUGUAUUAUUUUAUCUGUUGUGGUCGGAAGACAAGAGAAAACAAUGUACAGUAUGAUUUUCUAUCAGAAUGUUUUAUUUGUCUCAAUGUAAAAGUUUAUGUCCCUGUGAAAUUUGUUUAAAAAAAGUUAAAGAAUGCA